CGCUAUAAAUACUGGUCUAUUUGUUCUGUCUUGACGCGAACCAAAUCCCUCCAAAAAGAUUUCUUCGCAGAAAUCCUGGGGGAAGAAUUUUAGUUUGUUAUUAGAGUUGGAAGCCAGAGCAGCAAAUAUGCCGGAGGGUAAAGAAAACGGGAUCGUGGAGCUUGCGCCAUUCGAUCCUACAAAGAAGAAGAAAAAGAAGAAGCCCGUAGUUCAAGAGCCAGCUAAAGAGGUGGAGAAGCUGGCAGAUAAGAUAGAAGAUCUGUCAGUUGCUGAUGUCGGGCAACCUGAUUUUGUUGGCAAGAAGAAGAAGAAGAAGAAACAAGUGGAAACUGAUUUACUCUGUGAGAAUGGCGAUGCUGGUGGCGAUGAAAAUGGUGAACAGUUUGGAGAGGAUGACCAAGGAGAGGACGUUGUUUUGGGAGGUAACAGGUAUCCGUGGGAAGGAACUGACCGCCCUUAUCGUUAUGAAGAGCUUCUGGGUGGAGUAUUCAAUAUAUUACGUGAAAAUAAUCCGGAUCUUGCUGGAGAGAGGCGAAGGACAACAUUGCGGCCCCCACAAGUUCUUAGAGAAGGAAGUAAAAAGACGGUGUUUGCAAAUUUUAUGGUUCUAUGCAAGACAAUGCAUAGGCAGCCAGAGCAUGUCCAGGAUUACUUGCUAGCUGAGCUUGGUACAAGUGGAUAUCUCGAUGGACAACAGAGGUUGUCUGUAAGGGGAAGAUUUGUUCCUAAAAAUUUUGAGAGUAUCCUUCGAAAAUACAUCACUGAAUAUGUAACAUGUCAUGGCUGCAAAAGCCCUGAUACUAUACUUUCCAAGGAGAACCGGUUGUUCUUCCUUCGGUGUGAACAGUGUGGUUCUUCGCGAUCAGUUGCUCCAAUUAAGACUGGUUUCAAGGCCAUAGUUGAUCGUCGCAAGGGUUGACUAACAUGAUGUCUUUUUCAUCGCCAUUAUUCAUUUUAUAUUGAGAAGAAAGAAAUGUGUUUCUGGCUUAUUUAUAAUUUUGAGAAUUGGCUAGCAAAUUUGUAUUUAGGCUCGGAAUUGCUACUUUGAUGAAUUUAAUGGUUGCAGUAUGAAAUUUAAAAUAUUUUACCUGAUUA